UCAUAAAGAAACAUUUAAAGCGGAAGUACAGAACCAGUACAGAUUGGGGAAAUAAGUUGGCUAAAAGAAGACGCUAAAGAUUUUAAAGCGUUUUAAUUACAUUUUUUUUCGCUAGUAUAUUUACUGUGUUUGAAAGAAUGUAGUAGCAAGUAGGGAAACCUUCAUAUCUCCAAACCGUGUUUUCAGGAUUUACAGAGACGAAAGUUCAGCUGUAACAUAACGACUGCGAUGGCUAAUAGUAAUUUACAGAAAGCCAUUGACUUGGCAACCAAGGCUUCGGAGGAAGACAAGGCCAAAAACUACAAGGAAGCUUUGCGCCUUUAUGAGCAUUCUAUUCAAUACUUUCUACAUGUGGUAAAGUAUGAUGCUCAAGGUGAAAAGGCCAAGCAAAGCAUCAGGGCGAAGUGUACAGACUAUCUGGACAGAGCCGAGCAGCUGAAGGAAUAUCUAAAAAAGGCGGAAAAGCAGCCGCCUACCAAGCCGGUCAAAGUGUCUAAUGACAAAGGGAAUGACAGUGAUGAUGGUGAUAAUUCAGAGAAGAAGAAACUACAGAAUCAACUUCAAGGUGCCAUUGUCAUGGAGAAGCCAAAUAUUAAGUGGGAUGAUGUUGCUGGCUUAGAAGGAGCCAAAGAGGCGCUAAAGGAGGCAGUCAUUCUCCCCAUUAAAUUUCCUCACCUUUUCACAGGAAAGAGAACUCCAUGGAGAGGGAUCUUGCUUUUUGGCCCUCCAGGUACAGGGAAAUCAUACCUGGCUAAAGCAGUGGCUACUGAGGCUAACAACUCAACCUUCUUUUCCGUCUCCUCCUCUGAUCUAGUGUCCAAAUGGCUGGGAGAGAGUGAGAAAUUGGUGAAGAACCUGUUUAGCUUGGCUCGAGAAAACAAACCAUCCAUCAUCUUCAUUGAUGAAAUUGACUCUCUCUGUGGCUCCAGGAGUGAUAACGAGAGCGAAGCAGCUCGCCGAAUAAAGACAGAAUUCCUGGUUCAGAUGCAAGGUGUUGGAAAUGAUAAUGAGGGAAUUCUGGUUCUCGGCGCAACCAAUAUACCUUGGACUUUAGAUUCUGCCAUCAGAAGAAGGUUUGAGAAACGUAUUUACAUCCCACUUCCUGAGGAGCAUGCACGAUCACUCAUGUUCAAGCUCAACCUCGGUACAACCCCCAACAGCCUUACUGAAAAAGACUUCAUCACGCUGGGACAGAAGUCCGAGCACUAUUCAGGUGCCGACGUCAGCAUCAUCGUCAGGGACGCUCUCAUGCAGCCCAUCCGCAAAGUGCAAUCAGCCACUCACUUCAAAAAGGUCCGUGGAAAACCUUGGAACAACCAGGAUGUAUUAGAGAAUGAUCUACUGACCCCUUGCUCUCCAAGUGACCCAAACGCAAUAAAGAUGACGUGGGUAGAUGUGGAGGCUGAUAAACUGCUGGAGCCCAUCGUCAGCAUGGAGGACAUGCUCAGGUCACUGGAAAAAACCAAGCCCACUGUGAAUGAAGAAGACCUGAAGAAGCUGUUGAAGUUUACAGAGGACUUUGGCCAAGAAGGCUAAAUACAUAGCAACCAUAAAAUACAAAAAAAAAACAACCUUUGUUUUACACUUUUAUAUUCCAUUUUAUUUUUCUACUCAGAUUUCCUAUAUAAAUACUUUUGCAAUAACGGCCACUUUUUGUGGAAUAUAAGCUGCAUAAUGUAGUUUGUUGAACUGCCUACCUAAUGUGGUGUGAACGUGGAACUGAGAUCACUUAUUUAUUGUAUGAGGAAGUUAUUUUAAGCUGUGUGUGGGCAUGUGCUAAAAUGUAUUUUUUUCUACAUCUAGUGUACAUGUACGGGACAUGCACUUGAUCACUAGUUUAGGUAUUUUGUUUUAAUACGCACUGGACAUUUUAUUAUCUCCCCUACCAGUCACUUUGUCAUAGAGGUGUACAUGGGUACUGAGGUCAUGUGGAUCAAACAAAAACUUCAGUUAGGACGUUUUGACUCUGUCAAGUGAAACGAUAGAAUAAGUAUGGUAAGUAUGUUUGCCAGGAGAUGGUAAUUAACUAAAAAUUUAACUUUAAAUUUUUUUUAUAUAUAUAUAAAAUAUACACACAAGGUAGGAAUCGUUUUUGUUAGGUUGAAAUUGUAAUUGAUAUAAAUGUAAAAGUUUAAACAUUUGGGUUAAGUGACUUCCAAUUAAUAAUGAUUUAAGACAAGUUCCAGCUGUCUGUCUAUAUGCAUGUAUCUAUAUCUAGGUUUCACUUCCUCACUCCUGUUUCACUAUUGACUAUAGAUAGUACUGUGUAGAGCACUGUACAGAGCAGCACUGAGGGAGACCAAUCUUAAAUCUAAUAGAUAAAUAUGUGAACAUUGGCUAUAAAAAUAGUUAUUUACAGCAUUUGUCACACACCCUUAUCAGAAGCAACUUAGACUUAUACAACUGAGCAGUUGUAUUGUCAAGUUGAGUCUUGAUCCUGGGAUUUGAACUCACAACAGUAGUCCAACACGUUAACCACUGAGCUACCACUUCACAUGAGUAUUAUUAGCAACUUACACACACUACCAUGUAAAUAACUUUAACAGUUUGAUAAUGGUCCAUUCCAGUGAUGAACAGGGUAGUGGAAGCUGGCAAAUUGCAGGUAUAUAUAUUGACUGGCUGUAGCCCCUCUAUUAUUGUGCACAGUCACCUGCAUCUCGUAUGUUUUCAUAUAAAUGGUCAAUGGAUAUAAAAAAUAUUUAGGUGUUCCUAAUAAUUUGACAAACAAGUGUAUGUGUUUAUAUGUUUGUCCGGUUUUCUUACAUUAAUGACUAGCUUUCUUAAUGCUUAAGAAAUUGUAACGUAAUACCUAUUACUAAUAUCUGUAUGUUUAAUUAUGUGUGCAAUAUCAAAACAAUUGUGUACAGGC